AAUAACCUUUGACACGACAUAUCGUACCAACCAGUAUGAUAUGCCCUUCGGAUUAUUUGUUGGUGUCAAUAAUCACUUCCAGAGCAUCAUCCUUGGAGGGGUAUUGCUUCGUGAUGAAACAACCGAGACCUUUGAGUGGGUGUUCAGCGAAUUCGUGUCCUUGAUGGGAGGACAUGCUCCGAAAACAAUACUGACAGACCAAGACCAUGCAAUGGAGCUUGCCAUAGCUUCCCAGUGGCCUAAUACAAUUCACAGAUGGUGCAAAUGGCAUGUAUUGCAGAAAGCCAGGGAAAACCUUGGACCUAUUUACUCAAGAAACAAUGAUUUCAAAGAUGAGUUCCACAAACUUCUAGAGUACAUGGUUACAGUAGAUGAGUUUGAAACUGCAUGAGCAUCUUUGAUUGAGAAAUAUCAACUCGAAGACCACCCAUGGCUCACUCAGAUAUAUGAAGUUAGAGCAAAAUGGGCAAAGCCAUACUUUUCAGGAGUUGUUUGUGCAAGGAUGACGAGCACGCAAUGUUCGUAGAGUGCAAACCAUAUGCUAAAAAAUUAUGUUCAGCCGGCAUCGUCCAUGAACAAUUUUGUGAGGCAGUAUCAGAAACUAAUGUUCGACCGACAAUCAGAGGAAGAUUUUCAAGAAAAGAAAACUCGUGUGGGUGGUGUUGUUCUUAACCUCGGAGUGCCACUAGAAUUCCAUGCAAGCAAGGUCUACACCUCAGCUAUGUACGAGCUGUUUCAGCACGCGAUUUACUUAUCAGGGUCAUUUGUGCUGCAAGAGGCUUGGGAGUCAGAGCUAGGUAUGGUGUAUAUCGUUAACCACAUAUAUGCAGAGAGGAGGCAAGCAUGGUCCAGGACACAAUACCAUGUUUUGUUUGAUGAGGGAUCUGGAGGAUAUUUAUGUGAGUGUGGCCUUUACUCACACAUGGGCAUGUUGUGCUGCCAUGCUAUCCGGGUUCUACUCUCCCUCGGAGUUAGGGAGAUCCUGGAGGUCCACAUCAUGAAGAGAUGGACGAAGAACGCGUGCGAGGCUCUGCCAAAGCAUCUGAUGUUAUAUAAAGAAUGCAACUCUGCUUUGAAGGAUGCUACAUAUCACCACUCUUCGCUAUACAGUAAGGUGCUUGAGAUUGUUCAGAUGGGCGACAAGAACACCGAAGCUUAUGGCGCUGCAAUGAAGGUUUUGCUGGACGCAAUAAGUACCCUAAAUGAUACCAACCAGGAGAGUGAUGGUCGAGGGUUACAUGAUCAGACUGCGGCUCAAGUUCAUGACCAAGAUACGCCUGUAACACCAGGAACAGAUGGAUUGUCAGGAUUGUUGUAUCACGCAAGAGGGAUCGAGGGAGGCCAACAAACGCAAGAGCAAAGCCAAAUUAUGAAAAUGUGA